CACGAUGGAGGAUGGAAGUCGCGUCGAGCGGUGUCGCCAUCUGACGGUAUCAUUUCUCGGGCGCCCGGAGACAGUGAGGCAGUUUGCAUCGCGCACGCACGUCGCAAGGUUCAUAGGUAGGUGAGUAGGUAGGGAAGUGCAGGAUCCCGGCGGUGGCAGGACUGGUGUAUCGGUGUCGACUGUCGGUGGGGUAAUACGUGCGUGCGCGCAGCACCCGCUUGUCAGUUUGUGUGUGUGCGCGUGUUUUGUUGUCGCUGCGAUGCGUCUGCUAAAUAUCGAGUGGCCGUUGUCGUCGUCGCCGUCGUCGUCGUCGUCGUCGCCGUCGUCGUCGUCGUCGUCGGGCUGCGCGUGAAGAAACAAACAACAGCCGGUGAUCGUCAGCUGUUCGCGAGCGAGGACGAAUUCACGGAUUGUCGUUGACGCGGAACGGAGCGCCGUGAAAGCGAGCAGUGAGGGAACGAACGAGCAAACGAGCUCCAGCCCGCUGAAGUUAGUCGCGAGACGACGAGGGGCGGAACAAGUUGGUAGUGCGCGUGUGUGUUAAUCGGUGGUGAUCGUGCGAGUGUCCGCGUGCUAGCGUGAUCUCGACGGGGAAAAUGAUGGCGUAAAUCUAGUCGUGCUCCGGAAACGACGGAGAGAGAAAGAAAAAGAAGGAGGGAGAUAGAGAAAGAGAUAGAAGAGACGCGCGCCGCAUUCAUAUUCAUCCGUGGCGGUCGUCGUGUCGAGCGCAACCGAUCGUCCGCGUCGUCCACGUCGAUUACACAUCGUCGUCGCCCGCGAGCGAGCGGAGCGUGACGCGCGAAGCAGCUCGCGUUGUUCGUCAUUAUCGUUAUCCUUCCCGUCGUGCGAUCGAGACAUCGUGCGCGGUGGUGUGUGCAGUGUUGCUGAAAGGCAAGGAGAAAAACAAGUGUAAAGAGAAAAUAGUGCUGGGGAUUAUAACGCGCGUUCUCCUCUCGUCGCUCCCUCGUCCAUCCUGUAUCCUGUUGCUAGCGACCGCGCCACGUCGCGUCACGCCGUUUGUUUUGUAUUUACGAGUUCGCGGUUACUCGCGAAGGUGGUGCCGAUCGACGCUAGAUAGCCAGCGCGGCGUGUCCUGACUGCAGCGAGGGAUAUAGUGUUACGAUGAUCAGUGACACGUGCGGAUACGUUCUCUUCCUGCUGCUGCUGUUGCUGGUUCCCUACAUCGAGAGCGCUCGUCGGUUGAACGAGUACAUCCGCCACUACGAAACGCUGUCAUAUCCCGUCGAGGAGGUCCAUCGAAGCCACCUGAGGGCGAAGAGAUCGAUCAAUCGUGACAGUACUGUGACGUUAAAGUUCCGCGCGCACGGCAGAGACUUCCACAUUCGAUUAAAGCGAGACUUGACCACUUUUAGUAACAAUCUAAUUAUUGAGGGCUCUACGGGAGAGAGGCAGUACGACAGCAUCUCCCACAUUUACCUGGGCAAUCUAGUCGGUGAGCCUGGUAGCCAUGUGUUCGGAAGUGUCAGUGAUGGAGUCUUCCACGGGAAGAUAGUAUCACCGAAGAGUGGUGCGUGGUAUGUGGAAAGGGCGCAUUACUACUUUCCACCGCAUGAGAUAAACGAGACGUUGCAUUCUGUGAUCUAUCACGAGGAUGAUGUCGGUGAUCCGUAUGUGGACGUUCGACAAGGUGAUGGUGGUGGAUGUGGCAUUACUAAUAGUGAUGUAAUAGAAUGGAUGGAAAAAAUCCAGAAUUCCGCUUUACCAGAUGAACCGCCUAAGACGGUUCCACCGGGAAGGCAAAAAGAACCGAAGCCAAAUGUCGCACCCUGGAACGGCGAUCGAGAGUCUCCUGGUCACAAGUACAGCAGAGAAGCUAAUGAACCUAGUCAUCGCAGGUCACGAAGAGCGACCAGAUCGAAGGAGAAUAAUACCUGUUCACUCUUCAUACAAACGGAUCCCCUUAUAUGGAGGCAUAUCUCUGAACAGUUGCAUCACGACGCGGAGAAAACUAGAGAGGAAAUAUUGUCCCUGAUCGCUCACCAUGUCACCGCCGUGAAUUACAUCUAUAGGGACACGAAGUUCGAUGGCAGGACGGAGCAUAGGAACAUCAAGUUUGAGGUUCAACGAAUAAAGAUCGAUGACGAGACGGCGUGUACGCCUCAACAACCGUACAGCGAACCAAAUCCAUUCUGCUUGGAGAACAUCGACGUCAGUAACUUCUUGAAUUUGCACUCCCUAUCAAAUCACGAGGACUUCUGUCUUGCCUACGUCUUCACCUACAGGGACUUCACCGGAGGCACUCUCGGACUCGCCUGGGUUGCGUCCGCGUCAGGCGCGUCGGGUGGUAUUUGCGAGAAAUUCAAGACUUAUACCGAAACGGUAUCCGGCCUGUAUCAGUCCACUAAGAGAUCUCUGAAUACUGGCAUCAUAACUUUCGUGAAUUAUAAUAGCAGAGUGCCGCCCAAAGUAUCGCAAUUGACUUUGGCGCACGAGAUAGGUCAUAACUUCGGAUCACCGCACGAUUUUCCGCCGGAAUGCAGACCGGGAGGCUUGGAUGGUAAUUACAUUAUGUUCGCCUCAGCGACGAGCGGAAAUCGACCGAACAACAGCAAGUUUUCAAAGUGCAGCAUUGGCAAUAUCAGCAAUGUCCUAGAUGCUAUCGAGGAUAAUAAAAAGAGGAACUGUUUCACUGGCGCAUUUUGCGGGAACAAGAUUGUGGAAGCUGGCGAGGAAUGCGAUUGUGGAUACGAUGAUAACGAAUGCGUGGACAAGUGCUGCUAUCCUAGACAAGUGUCCGAGCUAGAUAAGAUGAAAAAUGAUACUGCGAAAGGCUGUAGUAGGAAAUAUGGGACACAAUGCAGUCCUAGUCAAGGACCGUGCUGUUCGAGCGAAACGUGCCAGUUUGUGCCCCUCUCCCAUAGAGUCCAGUGUAGAGCGGAAUCCGACUGUAGUUACAAUUCCACCUGCAGUGGGAGAUCGUCCGAAUGUCCAGCGCCGCUACCGAAAGCAAACAAGACUAGAUGCAAUGAGGGCACUCAAUUGUGCAUCAACGGAGAGUGCACCGGAUCCAUUUGUCUGGAGUGGAAUCUGACAGAGUGCUUUUUAACGAGCAGCAUUAUACCAAAUAUCGACAAACGAAAGCUUUGUGAAUUAGCCUGUCAAAAUGGCACUGAUACAUCAACAUGUCGCGGUACGAGCGAGUUUGCGCACAUGGUAGGGCUGCCUGAGGGUGGUAUGAGCCUCCGACCUGGUUCACCUUGCGACAAUUUUCAAGGUUAUUGCGAUGUUUUCUUGAAAUGUCGUGCUGUCGAUACGGAAGGACCUCUUGCGAGGUUAAAAAAUCUAUUGUUCAACAAAGAAACUUUAUCAACGGUAGCGCAAUGGAUAACUGAAUUUUGGUGGGCGGUGUUAUUGAUGGGUAUAGGUUUCAUCAUAUUUAUGGGAUUAUUUAUCAAGUGUUGCGCUGUGCACAUUCCUUCCACUAAUCCUAAAAAGCCGCCUGCUAGGCGCAUCAGUGAUACCUUAACAAGACCGAUGAAUACUCUUAGAAGAAUGCGACAUCCACAUGGUGGAGGCGGAGCUGGGCCAAGAAGUAUACCACCAAGACCAAGUCAAGGUGGACACGGAACACGUGGACCUUCUCACGGUUACGGAGAGGGUAGAGGUGCUCAGUAUUAUCCAAAAGGCUAUCGCUCGGUUCCCACAGCUAGUGCGCCACCAAAUAGUGGGUCAGCAGACAACUACGGCCGUUCCAAUCAUCCAGAGCUGUACGCCGGCGCCUAUUCGAGCUCCGGGGGGAGGGGCGCAGCCUAUGAGAUGAGGCAUCACAACAAGGUGUGACGAUCCUAGGACGUCGUCACGGACUAGGACCACCAGUCGCGGCGUUGCAUCACGGGUCAUUGUGUGAAAUGAUUGCCAAAGCGAAGAGAAUCGAUCCAUGUCACCUAAGGAGCGCGACGAUGUCUCUUAACUGAGGUCGAAGCAAUAAUGACGAGAUAUGCAGCGCAAUGAUAUCGCAUGAUGAUCGAACAGAUUGAGAGGUCCGACGAUACGCGCUUUUACCUGAAUUGCGUUAAUUCACAUACGUGCGAAAGUGCCGCACGUUAUUUAUAGAUAUGAAGAAAGUACGCGUCGGUGAUCAAAUUAAUCUCUCAUUUUGUAUCGGUUUGGUAAAUGUGAUUUUCUGCAGAGACUAACGCUGCGAAUGGCGACUCGGAAGAUCAAAUUGACGAAAGUUACGAUAAUAAAGUAACGGUGUCUAUAUCUGAAAUCAUGGAUACUGAGAGUUUUAUAUAUGUAAUCUUUUUUAUGUAGCAUCAAUAUACGUGGGUCUUUCGCGUCGCCAUUCAAAGAACUCGUCGCAUGAUCAAAUUUUAGAACGCUUCGGAGAGCCUUCGCCAAUGUGAAGGUGAUAUUGUUAUAUGAUCAAAGUAAUUUAAAUCGAUGCAACUUGUGAUUCAUUUAUCGUUUUAGCGAUCGACGUUAUAUUCGCAUAGCGACGAACGCGACAGUGUUAAAACGCGUCGCAUUUUUAAACAUUACAAGCAUUUAAGGCCAAGAUUGUAUGGUCUUUGUGUGACGGCGUCCUUCACGAGAUGUCGAUACUCGUACAUGUCGCUCUCGAAAGUUAAAUUAAGAGAUCUUUAUGAUCUCGAUUUGUUUGUUAGAGAUUAGGUACAAGUUUAGCGGGGAAUUGGCAAUAAGACAAUACGUCCUUUGAUAUAAGUGGCAUAUAUAUACAUAUAUAAAUGAGUUUUCCAAAGGCAAUGUUUUAUUCGUAUUUCGCUUAUAAUGAUAAGUAUAACGAGCCAAAAAUUGUUUUUUAUUCGAACAGAAAUUUUAUCGUGGAACGAUGAAAUGGAUUUAAUCUAAUUUUAAAGUUUGAUAAGCAGGCAACAUCACAAUGUUAUCUGGUCACGAGAAAACUAAAGCUAUUAUAUAAAAUUUUAUUCUAUGUAUUUUUAUUAUAUCCACAAUUUUAAAGACUCUAAACAGUUUCAUAUUAUAAAUAAACUUUCUGGAGCGAAAUGGCAUCUUACCAUUACCAAACCAUCGCAGGUCAUUCACAUGAUCUCUGUACCAUUAUAGUAUAAUAAUUAACGAUGUGUAUUAUUCUUAUACUAAUUUGUAUUAGCCAAUUGGAAUGAAUGAAGCUAUGCAAGGUCAUGAAGGAGAUAUAAGAGCAGCAACACAAAAUAAUGCGUUUCUAGCGAGAUAUUCCAUUAACUCUUAUAUAUAUGAACAAAAAUGAUAUUGAUUAUUAUUAGGCUAUGCUAUAAUUAUUACUAUUAUUAUUAAUUAGUUAUAUCUUGCAGAUGAUAAUUUAUCUCCGCCUAUUGCGAAUGUUAUAAGUUAUAUUUAAUUAAAGACGAGUUUUUUAAUGUAUGUAUUAAGUCGGGGGCUGCACCGUAAACGCGCGAUUAUGCGUAUAGCGGACCAAAGACUAGCCCUUUUAUCGAAACGCGCAGACGUGUUAUAUUAUAUAAUAUAUUAUAUAUACAUAGGCUCUCACACGUACACAGCUGCAUACUCGUAAACGAGAAACACGAGAUCAGUUCUCAUUCUCGAAGUGAAUCGUAUCUGGUGCUGUUGAACUGCUUGUCGAUACGAUUAAUGCACUCCCCUCUUCUCCAAAAUGCCAAAUCUGACAAUGAAACGACUGAAUUCUUUUUCAUUCAUCUCUUAUCGAUGCCUAUUUAAUGCAAAUGUGUCCGAAUCCUGUUUAGAUUACAUUAUCAAUUUAUAGUAAAUAAUAUCGAAUACAUGUUAUUAUAUGCAUAAAGCACAUUCAAGUUACCGAUAACAAAUCAGAGAAAAAUUGAACAUGUGCUACUUAGAAAUCAGAUUUAUCUUUUUUAUCUAGUCUCAGUUUUCAUGAUUGUUAUGUGUAUUUCUUUUACAGAUCAUACUUUUAGUUCUAUAUUUGAACGAGCGCAAUUUUCUUUUUCAAUGUGAGAUUAUGAGAAAGAGAUUAACUUCAUGAUUUUUCAUCAACUUUUUUACAAUCAUUGCAUAUAUUAAAUCAUUUAUAUAUAACAAAACAUUUUAAUAUUUUAAAAUACAGCGCAGAUAAAUAGUAAUUAUACAGUCAUACAUUUUUGUUAUGUUAUAGCCAUAACAAUAUUAUUUGGAAAUUUUACAUUGAUUUUUACUUUUCAGUCAUGUAGAAAUUUGUAGAAUAUAAAAAACAGAAAGUUAAUGAUAUUCUCAAAUAUCAAUUGGUGUGAUUAAUAUAUAUCUCUAUGUCUAUCCACAAUUGAAUCACAACUCUCUGCGUUGUAACUUUAAGACUGUGUUUUAUCUAGGCGAAAAAGUAAAUAUAGGGAUGCUGGAUAUAAAAUGGGGGGAGAGGUGCCAGUAAAGACAUUAUAAUACGAGUUUGCGGAUCGUGUGAAAAUGUACAAUAGACGCAAUGUGAUUAUUAUGGUGGAUCAUAUAGGAAUCUUGCGAAAAAAGAAGUAAACGAAAAGAAAGACUAGAAAAUGGGACGGAAAGUAAAUGUUCUUCGGGCGUGUGAGAAGAAAUAUUGUGAGUGAGAGAACGUGAUCGCGAGAAGUAUGUAUAUCUGUAUAUAAAUAUAUACCGCGCGAUUAUAAAAUGACUAUACAACAAAUGGUAAAGCGAAUACAAAAAAUACUUGUUUUUAUAUCAGAUCUGUAUUAUAGCGGAAUAUUAUUCUGUAUUUUGUAAUCAGGACGGAAGCUUGGGAUGACGAACGAGUGUCUGUACGUGCGUGUAAUCGAGCCUUUAGGUUUUAAGCAUAAGUUUCUUCAACAUUUCUGUCUGACGAUCUAUCGUGGACCGGAGAAGUCGUACGGUCAAAGUUAUUUAGAAGAAAUUUUGAGAUUUCUUGCAUAUAGGUGCAAAAAAAUUCCGUUUGAUCCCACUCGUAAUCGCUCGUGAUACCAUUGAACGAUUUUAGUCUGUUUCGAUGCAAGCAACAAUCCGUGAUAAUUCACGGAUGUGAUUUACUGCCAAUGAACGUAACGAGGCAUGAUUCGAUUAAUUUUGAUGCGUUGUGAAUCGCAUUAGAAAUGUUUUUUGAAAAUAAAUGUUAGUUGUCUUUUUAAUAUACAAUAACGAUAUUAAUGAAUAUUUUAGACAAUGCCAUAUAAUGCCAGAUAAAGGAAACUUUUUACAUGUCCUUUUUUAAAUUUUAUUUUACGCAGAGACAGAGAUUUUCUCGUGUAUGUUAAAGAAAAAGCGCGAAACAAUGUCGUUUGUAGAGUUAUCGGGAAUUUCUAAGCAAUCACUUCGUUCCGAGCCACUGCCAUUUGAUGAGCAAUCUCGAGGUAGUUAGAAUUCGCUUUUGGAAUGAAUUGAUAUUUCUGAUGCCAAACGACGAUGCGUGAACUACUUUUGCUUCCAUUUCACUGCCAUUACUAUUUCGAACGACUUAACGUUAUGAUCAAAAGGAUCACAGUUACAAAGUUCGACAUAAUGAAUAUCGAGAAAGAAGACAGAAUAUCAAUGCCUCGUUACAUUUCGCUAAAAGCCUAAGAAACGGGCAUGGAAUGGGGUCAAAGCGUAGUUAUCGUAGUUGACAAUGAAGUCGCUUGUGCGUACGAGAGAGUAUAAGAUAAGAAUAAAUUUUCCUUCAUUUGUUCCAGACCUCUAACUAUAUAUACAGCUUAAGCUUAUUCGUUUCCACGGCAUCUGGAUUAAGAUGUGAUUUUUUAAUCCACGAGUGGUCAUGAACUUUCUCAUCUACGAUUAAUUGCAUUAAUGCAACAUAUAUAUCAAAAGUCACCAUGUAUGUCACGUCGAUAACGAUAAUGAGAAUGAACGAAAUCUUUCAAGACCAUUGAGAUUUACGUAUCUAUCUUAAUCCAGAGCUGCAUUACUGUGACGCGAUGCACACAUACACUACUCUAUCACUUGUACAUAAUGUUAGAGAGGAAAGAACAAAAAAAAAGAACAAAUCGAGAUUAUAUUUUUUCUAUCGAUCCAAAAACGUGGUGACCUAUCAAUAUUGUGCAUCCAGGAUUAUUUAAGCGUAACUCGUGUGUCUUUUGUAUCGAUCAUUUUGCGAAUGAUGAAUCUUUUUUGAGAAGAGAAUCAUACUUUUUUUUUUUUAUUCGAGAGCGUUACUUGGAUAUCACUGAACACAAAGUAACCCUUACGUUGAAGCCGUACUUUUGCUUUUAAUCGGUGCAACUUUGAGUGAUGUGUGUUCUUGAGGUGUAUCUCUUUAUUGUAAAUUAUUAUAACUGAGCAUGAUACUGACCAAUCGCGCCUGAACGUAGCUUCAGACUCUCUUUUCCCAAAAUGUCUAGAAUGCGGCGAGUGUUUUAAGGAUAUUAUAAAUAAAAGAAUUAUGAUUGUGAAUAUCUCUUGUGUUACGUUAAUGUGAUUAAAAGAGACGAAAACAAUGUAAAAAAAACUAAAUAAAGCAUACAUUUUACAUUUA